AUGUAUUCCAGAAGUUUCAAAAGUCUGUCAAAAAUCAAAAAAGAGAAAGGCGAUGGUCAGGAAGAGAGGAUCAUGAAGAAACAUACACAUCAUAAGGCUUACGGAGAUUCAACAGGAAAAGAGCCUCUAAUAGACCUUCAAUCGAUUCGGAAAUGGUUGAAUUCGUUCGGAAAUCAAGGGCAUUCGUCGGAAGCCGUACUGAAUGUAUUAUUCACGUUAGGGGUGAUACUGUUUGUGAUCUACCAGGUGGCUUCCUUGCUACAUCGGAUGAAUAAACGAGUGGAGAAGCAGUUGGAGAGUAGGACGAAGCAGAGAAAAGUAGAAGUCGCUGAUAAGCAGACUGGUGAUGAGAUGGUAUUCACGGAUCUUCACGAAAAUGUUAUCAGAGAGAGAAUGAUUCCCUACCGUAUGCCUGUAAUCAAUGAUGAUCUCACACUCCGCAACUCUCAAAUAUUUUACGAAGAGAUGAAAAUGCGGAGAAGUUGUCGACAAUUCAGUUCUAGAGAUGUCCCACUGAAAGUUAUUCAGAAUUUAUUGAAGACGGCUGGUACCUCCCCAAGUGUCGGUAACCUACAACCAUGGACAUUUUGUGUGGUCUCGAGUGAUUCGAUAAAAACAAUGAUAAGGAAGAUUCUGGAAGCUGAUGAGAGAGAUAAUUAUGUUUCGAGAAAAAAAGGAGCAUCCUGGGUAGUCGAUGUAUCCCAACUACAAGACACAUGGCGACGACCUUAUAUCACAGAUGCUCCAUAUCUAUUAAUCGUCUGUCAUGAGAUAUUCCGUGACGUAAAAGACAAACCGGAGCGGGUAUUCCACUAUAAUCAAAUCAGCACUUCAAUAGCAGUGGGCAUCCUUUUGGCGGCAAUUCAAAAUGUUGGGUUGAGUACUGUAGUGACGUCACCACUCAACGCAGGACCCGAUAUUUCGAGGAUAUUGAGGAGGCCGGAGAAUGAGAGUAUUUUGCUCCUGCUGCCACUCGGCUAUGCAUCAGAAGACGUUCUUGUACCAGAUCUCAAAAGAAAACCGGUAGAACAUAUCACAAAACUUUAUUGA